GCGCGUCCGGGCCUGGCCAAGCAGCGUCUCGGGCUCUGUGCAUCUCUUCGGGAGCGGCGCGGGAAGGAUGCUCGUCCGUAGGGGCGCGCGCGCGGGGCGCGGGAUGCCGCGGGGCUGGACCGCGCUCUGUUUGCUGAGUUUGCUGCCCUCUGGGUUCACAAAUACAGAGAACUUGACUACUACUGCCACAAAGACAUCUACCCCAGGAAUAUCUUCAACUGUCCCUACAACUAUACCCAACCAGGAAAGCACAAUAUCAAGUACUUUUGGAAACAUCAGCCUCUACACUGUCUCUCAGGACAGCAAUGGGAACACAGCAGCCAUCUCAGAGCCUACAGUCAAUUUCACAUCUACCUCUGGGAUCACCCCAGUCCCUGGAACCAUGAACUCUUCUGUCCAGUCACAGACCUCUUUAGCCACCACAGUGUCUUCUACCACCAUCAACUUUACAACUUCAGAGAUGACCUUGCAGCCCAGCAUGUUACCUGGAAAUAUCUCAGAUUCCCCAUACAAUAGUACCAGCCCUGUGACAUCUCCCACUAACCCCUAUACAUCAUUUUCUCCUAUCCCAAGUACCAUCAAGGGAGAAAUAAAAUGUUCCAGAGUCAAAGAAGUGAAAUUGACCCAAGGUAUCUGCCUGGAGCUAAAUGAGACCUCCAGCUGUGAGGAGUUUAAGAAGGACAAUGGAGAGGAACUGACCCGAGUCCUGUGUGGGAAGCAGCAGGGUGAGGCCAGGGCCGGGGUGUGCUCCUUGCUCCUGGCCCAGUCUGAGGUGAGGCCUCACUGCCUGCUGCUGGUCUUGGCCAACAGAACAGAACUUUCCAGCAAGCUCCAACUUCUGAAAAAGCACCAGUCUGACCUGAAAGAGCUGGGCAUCCAAGGCUUCACUGAACAAGACGUCGGGAGCCACCAGAGCUAUUCCCGAAAGACCUUGAUUGCACUGGUCACCUCGGGGAUCCUGCUGGCUGUCUUGGGCACCGCGGGCUAUUUCCUGAUGAACCGCCGCAGUUGGAGCCCCACAGGAGAAAGGCUGGGCGAAGACCCUUAUUACACGGAGAACGGUGGAGGCCAGGGCUAUAGCUCAGGCCCUGGGGCCUCCCCCGAGGCUCAGGGAAAGGCCAGUGUGAAUCAAGGGGCUCAGGAGAACGGCACCGGCCAGGCCACCUCCAGAAACGGCCAUUCAGCGAGACAACACGUGGUGGCUGAUACCGAACUGUGACAGGGGGCGAGUGGGCGGGGCGAGACUGGGCAAAGUCUGGGGAAGGAGCCCCUCCCUGCACCUGAGCACGUGCUGUCUCCCUGCUGGGGGAGCCUCCCUUAUCCUCCACCCUUUCCCACUGCACACCCCGUCGGAGGCCAUUCCUGGGACCCUGCCCUGUUCCAGGCCAAGGGGUUCUCACCACCUUGGGGAGAGACAGGUAGCUCCUGCCCUUUCCACAUUCAGCUCCCUGCACCCAGCCUCUGGGCUGCUCUGCGUAAAGGUGUGAUAGGGAAAGCCAAGGUGCAGAGAAACUCCUUGGGGGGGUUGAGGGCUUGCAGCUUCCACACAGGGGCCCCUUCCCUCCCCAUCCUCUCUGCCUCAUUAUAGGAACUCCCAGGGGAAAGCACAGGCUUUUCUGGGUUGUCAUUUCCUCCCAGGAGACUUUGCCUUUUACUCUUUCGUCGUUAUAUUUUCUUUCUCUACUUUAGGGAAACCAAAGCAACCCCUUUCACCUGCUCCUUUGUAAUGAUAUAGCCAGAAAAUCAUGUUGUCUUAAACCAUCUCCCUCAUUCCCCCUCUAAGGCACUGUGGAUUCUGUCACCAGCUCCCCUCUUGCUCUCCAAGUUCCCUGAGCUCCACAGGCCCUGCCCGCCCCCACCUCCAAGUUUUAGAACAAUGUCCUGUGUCUGUGUGUUUGGGGUACGUGCACACACAUGGACACAAAUGGGUGAGGGCACAUAGCUUGGCCCUUAUCUCUGCGGGGCCACGCAGAGCUUCUGCUUGGGCUGCUGCUUCUCCCUGUGGCUCAGAGUGGACAGGACCGUGGGACCAGAUCUCUGAGCUGUGCCUCUUGACCUGUGUGCUUCUGAGGAAGACUCGUGCACGGAGGCUAGGUUCUGACCUUAACCUCUGUCUCAACGGCUUCCUCCCUCCUCUCCCUGACUCCUGGGUUGAGCUGUGGCCUCAGCCUCCCAGCAGACUCCUUUCUGUCUCUGCCUUCCCAACCCUUAAUCCUUUUACUGCUCUGCAACCCAUGUGGUCAGGGCCCCAGCACGUCUUCAGAGGACCCUCACCACAAGCCACCUUUUCUGUGAGUGACCCAGGUCCUGUUUUUGUUUCUGUUUUAUUCCAGAGGGGUGAAAAGGGAUCCUGGUUUCAAUGACGGUUGGAAAUAGAACUUUCCAGAGAUAGGAAGAUGGGGUGGAUUUUUUUUUUCCUGAAUAAAAAAUGAUGUGUGUAAAUACUGUAAUUAAAGUGAUACUGAAACAUA